AUUAAAAGCAAUCAGAUAUUAAUUAACAGUUUCCCUAUCGUAUCCCUUCUUCACUAAGAAACACCUUAUUUUCUCUCUCCUUUCUGGAGGAACCGAUUUUUUGUUUUUUAUUCUUUCAAAUUGAAAUUUGGGAAUUUAGGUUUUUGGUCCUGUUUGAUUAAGGGAAAAAAAUCAACCUAGAAGAAUGGGGCAGCAGCAAUCUAGAGAUGAAUUGUUGUAUCGGCAGGUCAAUUAUGGAAAUGUCGAUGGCAUCAAAGCCCUCCAUAGUCAAGGAGCUAGCCUCGAGUGGAUCGACAGUGAAGGCAAGACUGCAUUGAUCUUAGCUUGCAUGAAUCCAGAGCUUCAUCAUGUAGCGAAAACUUUGAUUGAAUUGGGUGCCAACGUCAAUGCUUAUCGUCCAGGUAGACAUGCAGGGACUCCGUUACAUCAUGCUGCGAAACGAGGGCUUGAGCAGACUGUAAAGUUGCUUCUUUCCCAUGGAGCAAAUGCGUUAGUGAUGAACGAUGAUUGCCAAACUCCGCUCGAUGUUGCCAGAGCCAAAGGGUAUGGAAAUGUAGUCCGAACAAUCGAGGCCCAUGUGUGCUUAUUCUCUGGUUGGCUGCGAGAACUUUAUGGACCUGGUUUUCUUGAACUUCUUGCACCUCAAUUGCUUUCGAGAAAAGUAUGGGUUGUUAUCUUGCCUUGUGGGUCCCGCAAUCUUCGGAAGCCUCUCAAGUUGGAGCUUGCUAUAUAUUCUGGUUCACAGGAUCCGCAACCACGCAUGAUCGUGCCACUGUGGAAGGCCAAUCUGGACGAACCUAAUUUUAACCAGCCUGAUCCUGCAGCAAUAAUAUCCGAUGUUUCUAAAAGUACACGACUUAAACUCGCACCUGCGAGUGAAAGCGAAAAACUCGAAUUACAGAGGUUCUGCAAUGCCUGUAAAGGAAUUCCUCAGGCGGUUCACCCGUUGUUUCCUUUCAACAAUCAAGCCCCUACAGCUCCAAAUUCAGAAGACGAAGAGCAACUAACAAUGGCUAUUAACGCAUCCCUUGAAUCUGCCGCACACGUUGGACCAUCGCAUACAGAUACAUACAUAGUAUCCGAAGUAGACAAUGCAUCCACAAGUACAGCCAACCAAGAAGAGAGCAUGCACGGGGCUAGUAUAGGCAAAUGUGAAAUUCAGACGACUCUCGAGACUCAAUCGUCUUCUGUUUCUCUUCCAUCUGCUCCUCCUCUGGCAGAUGUAGCUGUGGAAGAUGGUCCGAUUUUCUAUCCAUCGAUUGAUGUGGGCCCCGUUGACUUAUCUUCAAUUAAUACAGGUGAUGAAAAGAAAAAGGAUAAUGAUGAUGCUACGAGUUCCUGCACGAUAUGUUUGGAUGCUCCGCUCGAGGGUGCGUGUGUACCGUGUGGACACCUGGCUGGGUGCAUGACUUGUCUGAACGAAAUUAAGGCCAAGAAAUGGGGUUGCCCUCUUUGCCGCGCCAAAAUCGAUCAGGUUAUACGUAUAUAUUCGGUUUAGCUUCUGGUGAUAUUAUUUUUUCUGCAGAAUGUACAAACGAGCUAUUGCCAGAGAGUACUUUCUUCUGCCGAUCAUGUAAGUAUUUAUUUUCAUCGUUCCCUUGUAUGAUAUGAUGAACUGCGAAGCGUUAUAUUUGUAUUUAAGUAAACAGAAUUCGAUUUUUAAAUUUUAUAAAGUGCUUGUGUGCCGUGUAGCCGAAAAUAUGUAUUGUAAAUUCUCACUGUUUUAAUGUGUAAUAUGUUAUAUGGUGCUGUAAAAAAGGUUUGCUAUAGUAUAAAGAACAAAAUUUCUGGUUUAUUGAAUAUGGUGUUGUAACUUUGUUACA